GUAAAGAGCCGCUCCGUGCGCUCACUGGCUGCUCAGCCUCUAAUGUGUGCACAGCCCGCUCAGAGGUCGGACCAGAGCCGGGACCGAUCACCGGUCAGUAGGCGACUCAAGUGUGCAGUGUGCGGACACCCGCACCGAUGACCGGGAACAGAAGCGGGAGACGUGAGAGGAGACUUUACGCUCGGAUGUGAGAGAUGGAAUGCAUAGAAAGGACUCAGACACUGUGAAAGUUUACAUUUUCGGACAUGGAGACACAAACGAAGAGACAAUUAAUCACAGUAAAGUCAGCCAACAGUCUCGCCUGAGGUCUGAGGUGCAGCGGAGGAUGACACCUGCACCCCACCGGGCGAGGACCGACGCGUUGUUCCACACUUGCACAUCUUUAAAGAGGAGUGGGUCAGAGCUUCUGCAAGAGUGACUUUAAUUCUGCUCCCUGCUCGCUGCCAUCUCCAGUUACCGGCUGUGGCUGCGGGAACAUUUCUUUUGCGCUCCUUUGUAUCUUUGCACCAUCGCUGACUGCGGCAAGAAACAUCUCAUACCCGGACAUCUCUGCACACAGGUCAUUCAGUUGUUGACAUGUCUGCACUCAUCUCUUCAUGCCGUCUCCCUGUAGAGAGUUCACAUCUGCUGGAUUGUAGGAAAUAAAAGCGAGCUUUGCUUCCAACGCGUCCCCUCUCUACACCACAGCAGUAAGGCAGUAUAAUCUGCGGAGCACUGACUCACCAUGGGCACUGUACUAUCGCUGUCUCCGGGCUCUCGGAAAUCAGGCUACUAUGACAACCGGCCGGGCUCGCUCAGCCACUACCCGAGCAUCAGCAGCCGCUCUCUCAACAGCCAGAAAGACCGCGGGCUGAAGAGGGGGCAGUCCAUCUUCCUCCCAGCACUCACAUGGAAGCGACUGGUGGCCUCGACGAAGAAGAAGGGAAACUCCAAGAAAGGCUCUGGUGGUCAAGUGGCCCUCGGGGACCCUCUCAACAACAACAACAACAUCAAUAUCUAUCAGAAGGACCCCGUGUUGCACCUUAACCGUGAGAAUGUGAAGAAGUCGCUGUCAUGUGCCAAUCUGUCCAGCUACGAGGGCCCAGCAGGACUGGGUCUGGGGCUUGGGCUUGGUUAUGGCCUGGGGAUGGGUCAGGGUCAUGGGUGUGGCUACAGCAAGUCCCAACAGCUCUCCUCUGUAAAGAAAGUCCCCCAAGGGACAGUGAGUUCGUCCCCAAAGCGUGUCAUAGUCCAGGCGUCCACCAGCGAGCUCCUGCGCUGCCUGGGGGAGUUCCUGUGCUGUCGCUGCUACCGCCUAAAGCAUCUGUCUCCGGCCGACCCUGUGUUGUGGCUGCGGGCUGUGGACCGCUCACUGCUGCUGCAGGGCUGGCAGGACCAGGCUUUUGUUACGCCGGCCAACGUGGUCUUCGUCUACAUGCUGUGCCGAGAUGUGGUGGACGGCGACCUGGUGGCAUCGGAGCACGAGCUGCAGGCCAUCCUACUCACCUGCCUCUACCUGUCCUACUCCUACAUGGGCAACGAGAUCUCAUACCCGCUCAAGCCCUUCCUGGUUGAGGCGGGUAAGGAGGCCUUCUGGGACCGUUGCCUCGCCAUCAUUGAUGCCACUAGCGCCAAGAUGCUGCGCAUCAAUGCAGACCCGCACUUUUUCACACAAGUAUUUGCUGAACUGAAGAGUGAAGGUGGCUGUGGGCCUCAGGACUAUAGUCGGGUGCUGGAUCGGUGAGAGGAAGUUUGCUGACUGCAUGCCUUUUUGUACACUCAUUCACACGUAUACUUGCACACACAUUUGUCUCAUACAGAUUCCCCUUGUUCUUCUUCUGCUGCCCUGCAGGAGCAACAAAAGCCUAUCUCGUUAGAGUUAUGUAGUUAAUCAUUCCAUCUGUGUUUGUCACCAUCGUCCCGUCCAUCCACAGAUAGAAAUAAGGAAUUCAGACAUUUCCUCCCUCAAAGAUAAUUGGCUGACAGAAGCUCACAGUUGUGUUUUGUUUUGUCCACCUGAGUUUACUUGAAUUGAGGAACCAUUUGGUCCACCUGUCCCAUCUGACCCCGUGUGUCUGGUCCCAGUCGUCCCAGCUGCCCCUCUGGAUCUGCACAGCCCGGCCUCCCAGCAUCCUCAGCCGCCUCUCUGAAUGUGAUCAAUCAGUGUGCACGGGACACGAACAUCAUCACUCCACACAAAUACCGUCAAAGAUUUUUCACUGGUUAUAUUCCAAAGUGGAUUCACAUAAGAAUAAAACAGACAGUGUAAUCCGCCGAGGCAAAGUUACAUUUUCCAGGACAACACAAGGAGACAUGUUGACAUCCGCUGCUGGCUAAGCCUCAUGUGCCAGCAGUGAAAAGUGACUCAGACUGAUGGGAACAGCUGAGAGGUCCAUGUUAGGUCCUGCUGGUCCUGCUGUGCGCUGUGUAAUCAGUAAAGCAAAGCGAAGAGGCAGUGGAGCCUUUUGAGGGUCAUCUGGCCUGAGGGGACAGUUGCUGUUUUUUUUUUUUUUAUCCUUACUCGCUCAAGCCUGCCUCAUGUUUCUAUUUUAUCUCAGGAGAGUUUCCUGGUGGAAGCAAAAUUUAAGACUGACGUGUCUUGUGCGAGUGUAUGCAUGUGCGUGUGUGUGUAGGCAUUGUGCAGUGGACGGCAGCCAGGGUCAUCAGCUGUUUACUCCAUCCUUUUGUUCCCUGCGUCUUGUUGACAGGGCACCCACAGGCCGUGGUAUUAAUGAGAUUAGCAGAUUACUGCAGCCCCUCCCCUCUCUCAACCUCUGCCCCCUUCUUGUCCACUCGGCAGCCCUGCAGAGCUUCAGUGGCUAAUCCAGGUCAGGCUGGACCGUGCUGGACUGUAAACACACACACAUGUACACAAACACACAUUUCCUUGUUGUGUGCGCUCUGAUCUCUUCAGCGCAUGAAUAAAAACGCUGUGUGACACACGUGUGCAGCUCAGGGUCCAGAGCGGAGGCAGGGAAGCUCUAUGCUGUUGUGGUUGAAGGGUUUUGUUGUUGUGGCUUCUGAAUUUGUCCCACUUUCUCAUCAGUCACCUGCGCAUCCUCAUCUGCCAUCAAGAGGCCUGUUUGCUCUCUUAUCUCUCCAUCAACUCCGGCCUCCUGCGAUAUUAUUCCCUCGAAUGAACCAUUGGCGUUUGUGCUUCAGUGCCUUUAAUGUUGUUUUCCCAUGUGUUUUCAUGUGUGUUGUCAAAGGGGGUCACAGAUGAGCCUAAGAUUCAUCGGUAUUGUUAAAAAGCAGAUCAGAUUAAAUAUAUCACAGCUGGAUUUUUUGUGCUGGCAUUGUACAUUUCUUCAUACGUACCACUUCAACAUUUCUAAAGUGACAUAGUAUAUGAGUUGGAUUCAUCAUUAGUAGGUGGAGGGGAUGGUGGAUGCUGUGUCACCUAGGCGAGACGCCUGCCAAGCUGCAGAUCACUGUUUUUUAGACCAACAAACAACAAAACCAGUUGUGGUUUAGCGAGUCAUUGCUGUGUUUCAGCAGCUUUUUAGGCACCAAAUGUGGGUGUUUUGUAGCAGCAUUUUUAGGCAUGAAAGACAGUUGUUUUUUACAGAGACAUCUCCGUGUGUCAUGACAGAAUAGUAGCGCAAAAAGUGGUUGUCUUUUUACCUAGACAUCGCUGCCUUACCUGCUGGGAUUGUGGCGCAAAAAGCAAUUGUUUUUUAUGCAGAUGUUGAAGUGUUUCCUGCUGUAAUUUUGCCCCCCAACUGGUUAUUUUAAGCCAAAAACGUGAUCUUUUCCUAACCAAAACCAAGUGGUUUUUGUGCCUAAACCUUAUUACAUGUUAAACCCUGGUGAUGGUGAAACUUAUCUGCUGCAUAAUAACGUGCUAAUGAAGCAUAUCUGUGGUUUUAAGAAAUGUACAAUGCCAGCAUUUUUUCUGGCCAUUGGGUUUGUUAUAGGACAGUAGAUGUUGACCUUUUUGGCUUGUGACUCCUUCAACCCAUCGUUUUUGGUUGCAUAUGUUACCAGUUGUUACUAAUUUAACCAAAUACUGGUUUCUUCCCGUGAAAAAGUAAAAAUCAACCAGUGAUUUAAAAGGAAAAAAAGCAAAGAUCAGAGGAAUAUUUUGCUUAUUUUCAGUUGCCCCCUCUUUAAAGCAUCUGGAGACCCUUCUAAUUUUACUUGCGACCCUUUUUUGGGUCUAGACCCUCAGUUUGGGAACUACUGGUUUACAAUAGAAAGCUGUUGGUUGAAGAUGUGUUGCCAACAAUAGCAUAUUGCAAAGCUUUAAUCUUAUUGUGUCUGAGCAUCUGGAGGUUUCCACUCCCCUCCUCCAUGUGGCAGUCGCUCUUGCACACUUUGUAACAACGCUACAGUAUAUACUCCCCCACAAGGUCAUAUGAUAAACCAACAUCCUCUGUAAGAUCCGACCUUUACACACAUGUGCAAACAAAACACACUCUGCUACACAUCCCCUCCUUUGGGUAAUCCAGUCCUAAUCCUCCCACCCAAUCAAAUAGAGAGAGGGAGCAAGGGAUGAAAACACGAGGAAACAAGUAAACGGUUCAGAAUCCGAUGAGAUUUUGUGUCACACUUCCCCGUGCAGCCUUCAAAUCCUGCUCUAACAAACUGGAGGCCUCAAUAGACCCAAAGCUGAACCCUGCUUCCUACUGCAGCUCACCCGGGCUUAUUGGAGUCAAGCCUGCCUCCCUGCCCGCCUGAGGGAUCUGGCGUGAGCUCGCACCAGUCAACCAGAGAGGAGUGACGGCAGUGAUUCACGCUCAGAGAGCAGAGACACCACCACCGUCUCUUUUUCUGGAGCUUUGACUGGCAGCCAUUUUGGGCUCGUUGUUGCGGUCAGUGCAGCUCGCUCUCUCUCUCUGGCCCCGGCUUUGACAAGGACACUUGUGUCUUGACUCAACCCCUCCCUCCCUCUUUCCACCCCUCCAACCCCAUUUCCACACACACUCAGCUGUUGUUCCUGGCCUGUUUCAUUAGAUUUGACACCCCACACCCGCCAGCCAUUGUCAGGACGAGGAAGGGCAGAAUGAGGCUGUUUGUUGGCAUCGGGUUGGUUGUGCUUGUGUGUGAAUGUGGGUCAAAGUUAAGGGCAACAUCUGCUUCCACUGCGAACCUGGACGUUAAUUAAAUCAGGAGAUACAGUACAGCAUGUUCAAGUGCUGCUGAUAUUAACUUUUGCCCCGACAGCAGUGACCAGUAAGGAUUAAUGUGUUGCAGGUUUCCUUUGAUCAGAAACAACUCACUCUUCAUGCUCAUUGACGACACAGACACAGAGGAACCAUGUUCAUUUAAGCCUCAAUCAAGCUUUAAUGCAGUUUGUCAAAUGUGACAUAAUUUGGUCCUAACCAAGACGGCAACUUUCCCCUCAGUUCAGUACCUCUUUCAGUCCAAUCACGAAGCUGUUCCUCAAUCGUUUCACAUAGCGGAGCAGCUUCCAAGCCAAUUAACUCGCAUCUCAACUGGAGCUCUAAUUCCGCUCAUCCAAUCAAACCCCUCGGCUUGAUUCCAGGGCUCUGACAUACCUGACUGAUGGUAGACAGACACAUGAUGCCUGUGACAUCUCUGUGGAUAAUAUAGAACUCAUGUUACUGACUGACUCUGGAUAUUUAAACAAGAUUACAUUUAGUGCAAACUGGACAUUUCUCUGUGGAUAGGACCUUCAUUUUGGACAGAUGGGCCUCAGACUGGCUCUGUUUUAGGGACUGAUGAGUUUGUGUGAACAAUGUGAUAUAAGAUGUAAUGGAUAAGUCUAGUGUUAGGCUAUACUUUUCUUACUGUCAACAAGUACCAUGCAUUAGACUGUAUUUUAAGACUUCUCAACCCUGUCUCUGUUCGGCCCCAAGGCCAUUUGUCUUACUAAAGACAUAAAUCUUUUAACACAAGAAUGUAUAGUUUUACUUUUUAAAAAGCAAAGUACUAAAAAGUAAAAAGUGCAUUUCUUAGGGACUAUUUUCAGUUGCGGAUGAAUAAACAUCCAGUGCCCUGGGUAUUUACAGCAGGAAUACAGUGUAUGUAGGGUUGACUGAAAAAACUACAGUGCCCAGGUUCAUCGUAGGGAAGGAACAUGUCACCCAGUGUAACAUUGUGGCUCACUGAUGUGUUUUAUAGACCCAAUCAACUAUAACAUCUAAUUUCCGGGUAGAAAAUCCCUGUUUCUUGUAAAUGUUUCCAUUGAUUAGUUUUUAGCUACCUAAAAA